AUCUAAUUCAUAUCCAUAUCUUAUCACAAAUUAGCACAAUGUCCUCUCUCCAAGGAAAAGGUAUGUCCUCUUCGGACAACCAGCCAACCACCUCCACCCGCGGCGGUGCAAGCGCCCAUCCUACGCCCGCAAACAACUCUGGUGGCGGUGCCGGAUGGGGUGAUUCCGGCCUUCUAAAGGGUGGUCUUGAAGGAGUCAGCAACCGCCUCUCCAGUACCUCCGGCGAGUCCCACAGCGGCAAGAUCUCCAGCUUGAAUGGUGAACUGUCUUCCCUUAAGGAACAGAAGAUGGCCGGGGAGCAGCGGUAUCGGCAAGAUAUUGAGGAGUCCGGCGGGACGGUGCCCAAAUCGUCGGAUCAUAGUGAUGCAAGCUUCAUGACUGGGAAGCCCGGUGGCGCUGGGACUUUGCCUGGGUGGGAGACUGCGAAGGGAGCGCUUAAUAGCAUGAUGGGCAAUGAAUAGACUACUCUUGUAUACGGUGUAAUGGGUGUCUUUGGGUUGGCGUUAAUCGUAUGGCAAAUUUAUGUUCGU